CGCUCCCAUCCCGGGUGUCCUCAGGCCUUGCACGGCACACGUGAAAGGAGCUGCAGCACAGACCAAGCAUGUCAGAAAUGAGGAAAUGAAAUGGCAGCGUUGAUGGGAAUCAAACCACAACGUGUGGCGUUAGGGAGGAGAUUUUGCUGUGGAGGUGAAUGUGUUGGAAAAUUACUGUCCUUGUGUAGUGCCUGUGGGCCUGGGGCAGUGCAGGAGCAGUAUAAAAGGGGGCCCUUCUCCUGGCUCUCUCAUUCACUCCUCUCACCUCCAUCUCCUUGGGAUCAAGGUGAGUCUCAAGCCCUUUCUUUUCUUUUCUUCUUCCUUUGGCCUUUUUCUGCUUUUAAUCCCAUCUGUGUUCUUGACAACAGCUUGUUAUGGGGGAGGGAAGGGGCAGAAGCCGUGCAUGGAGAGAGGCUGGGUUUUGUCUGAGAUGUCUCCUGAGUUCUGGCCAAGGCGUGGAAGUCCCUGGGCUCGGUCACUCUUCAGGAGAUUCUUGGGGGCUUGAGCAAACAGUGAGGCUGCUGGGCCUCUCUAAGCAACCUCCAGCUAUCUUCUCCUUCUCUGCUUUUCUCCAUCACAGUUCCAUCACACUGCUGUGACAUAGCCCUUUCUGAGCUCUGCUUGCUCCUCUCCUCUCUGCCCCACAGGUGCAUCUGCAGCCCCAAGACAUGUCCUGCUACACCCCGUGCCGGCCCUGCCAGCCCUGCGGCCCCACCCCGCUGGCCAACAGCUGCAACGAGCCCUGUGUCAGGCAGUGCCAGGACUCCACCGUCAUCAUCGAACCCUCGCCCGUGGUGGUGACCCUGCCCGGCCCCAUCCUCAGCUCCUUCCCACAGAACACCGCCGUGGGAUCCUCCACCUCCGCUGCUGUUGGCAGCAUCCUCAGCUCUCAGGGAGUGCCCAUCAACUCUGGGGGCUUUGGCCUCUCGGGCUUGGGCAGUGGCCUCUGUGGCACGAGGUGCCUCCCCUGCUGAAGCUGCUGGUGAUGGCUCUGGGGAAGGAAGCCAGGGACUCCCAGGAUGGAACCGCCCUGGGGACCCAGCACCGGCUUGUUGCUUCCUGAGGGGCUGAGCAAGC